AAAAAUGAAGUACAAAUGAACUCAUUGCCUGUCUACCCCUGCCAUUAAUUUUUUUAGUGGUUUAACCUGCUGUUUUAAAUGCUUUAACUACAUUAAAGGUAGAGAUCUGUCUAUGUUUCUAAAACCAAUUUACUUACUAAAUUUAUUUUAUAUGCAUGUGACCCUUUACCACAGUGGUGAAAAGGUGUUGAGUUCUUGCAUGACGGCGUGGGUUCGAACCCUAUUAGUGCCUAAUCUAACAUUUAAUCUAACAAAUCUAUUGAUUCAACACAAAAAAAUAAAAAAUAAAAAAAAUUCAUAUCUUUUUUAUCUUCCUCAAUAAGUAUUCUUUAACAAAACUAAACUCUUUCAGUUGUAACAACUAGGAGCCAGUUACAUUUUCCUUUAUUUGGGACAAUUUCAAACCAUGUAUGAGUAAUUUGAUAUGCAUUGAUGCAGUAAUUGAAACCUUUUUCAGUUUUAAGUGUCUUUAUGUAUUUCAGUUUUUACUUUUCUGUGUAUAUAUUAUGUCUUGCAUUCUUUUAUUGGUUUUCAAACUACAAGUGAGUAUACCAGAAGACUACAGCUUUCCAUAUAGUUUCAUAUUCCGUGAUAAUAAUAAAAAAUAUGUAAUACUAUUACACUCUGUUGCUAACUUUUCUUACACAAUUAGGUCAAGCUAUUUAUAAAGUGGUUCGAAGAAUUCUAGGAGCUUGAUUCACCCAGUUUCUCCCCUUCAUGUAAAAAUUCUUUCAAAAAGCUGAAGCAUCUUUCAUUGUAAAUAAUAUUAACCUUUUGUGACAAUAUUUUAUCCCUUUGAAACAUGUUUUUUCAUGUGCUUUUCAAGCAACGGGUAGUUUUCUAGUAAAUAACUCAAUAAGUAUUUGACAAAAGUAAACAAAAUUGUCGCAAACCCAAAUUCGUGCCCGCUUCUCAGCCUUCUCUCUCUCCUCUCUCUCUCUGACAAACACAAAACCAUGAAACGCCAAUUCGAAGGCUAACCAGGAGAAUCCAUGGAGGGGGAGAAUCCAAUUCCGGCCCAACCCUCGAAGCUCCGAGAUGAGAUUUGGACUCCUAGUAUUGGUGCAGAUAAGAAUAAAGAAAAAGAUUCUAUUAAAGACUCUCCGGCGACUCAUCUCACAAAAGUAGAGGCUGCCCAAGACUCUCAGACUCAACUCCAGCUUGAGGAGAAGAAUACUCUUCCAGCUUUUCUCAAGGAGGAUAAUAAUCCCACAUGCCUAGCCCGUCGUAAACUCAUAAUCGAGCCAGGCACAUUUUCCUCUAUGCCGUCUACUUGUGCAAUUUGCUCCGAGUUUGGGCACUUUCCUGGUAUGUGCCCCUGGAGGAAACGGCUUCCAAAAGGCGUAACUCAGGUUGGCAAGGGCUAUGUAGUAGAGUGGGGGCGUGCUGUUCUCCUUGAGUGUGUUUAUUGUUAUGAGAUUGGUACCCACAUGCUUGAUGACUGCCUGGAUUUAAAAAAACUACUCGAGGAAAAUGGAGGGGAUAUGCGCCCUUGCACCCCUGUUUGCUCGAUGAUAUACCGCUUGCUGAUUGCUGAAGCUAAGGAGGACUGGGUGCAUGUAUGCAGCAGCUGUUGAAUUAUCGUUUCAUUUUAGUGCUCUAUGUUAUAUAUAUGUUGUUGUGCACCCACGUAUGUCUUGGAAUAAUUAAGCUAGAUAGCUCUGUUGUCGUCACUGGUAUAUAUACUUCUUGUUGGGUGUUUUCUGUGUUU